AGAUAAGAAAUCUUCAGAGAAAUAGAAAGGAUAUUAAAUAACAGUAUCUACUUAUCAGGGGCAGAUUCAGUGUUGAAGAAUGGCUCAUUUUGACAAUAGCCUCAGCCUGGAAGAUGCUCUAACUGAAACACCACCAGAAAUUGAGGAAGAGAUAAAACGGGACUUCAUGAGCACACUAGAAGCAGAGGCAUAUGAUGAUGUGGUGGGAGAAACCGUGAGCAAAACAGAUUACAUUCCCCUUCUGGAUGAUGAUGGGAAAACUGGGAACCCAGAGUCAAAGAGCAAACCUCAUUUGGAUGGUGAUCAGGUUGAAUGCACUACCCCUAGGAAACCAACAGUGUUAGCCAAUGGUGAUCAUGAACUAGAAGAGAAUGAUGCCACAGAUCCUUAUCAGAUGUACCAAGGUCAAAUCUUGUCAGAUUUGCUGUUUGCGUCUCCUGGAAUGGUGAACAGCUCACCUUUUGCUGAGCACGUGGAUCCUUCCAAAGAUAGUAUUGCAGAUGUGCCCUCCUAUGAUUCAUAUGUUUCAAGAACUGAGACAGGAUCAGGAGGAUGGCCUAUGGAAGCCCAGCCUCCUUCUGACCCAUCACCCUUUGUCUUCCUGGAAGAGUCUGACCCUCAGCCUCUACAGCCCACAGCAGAGCCAAUCAAGGAAGUUGAGAUGGAGAUGGCACCAUCAAUGAAGGCACCAUCAAUGAAGGAGGCAGCAAUGACCCUGGAACCAUCUGUGGAAGUGGAGAAAGCACCAGCAACGGAGAUAGCACCAGCCCAGGAGGUAAAGAGCGAACCAGCUGUGGAAGUGGCAUUAGUCAAGGAGGAGGUAGAGGAUGAACCAGCUAUGGAGGUGGUGUCAGUCAAGAUGUUAGAGGAUGAGCCAGUUGUGGAGGUGGCAUCAGUCAAGGAGGUGGAGUAUGAACCAACUUUAGAGGUAGCACCAGACAGAGACACUCAGGCAGAACAAGCUAUAGAUGUGACACCAACUCAGCAGACCCAAGAGGUACCAUCUGUGGAUAUGGAACUGGCCAAGGAGACCAAGGUGAUACCAGUCAAGGAAGCCCAGGAGGCACCAGCUGUUGAGGUAGUGAAGAUGCCAGCUGUGGAGGUGGAACCAACCAAGGAAGACCAGCAGGCACCAGCCAUGGAAUUGACACUGACCAAGGAGAUAGACACGGUAAUGACACCAACCAAGGAUGUGAAAGUAGAGAAAACAAGUGACCUUCAGAGACUGGCAUCCCCCCAGGCUGAAGGGAGUCUGGCUUUCGUAGCCUCACCAGGGUCCCCUAAGAUACCUGGCAUGGACAGUUUGCAACCACUGCAAGAACAGAAACUGCAGGAAGUUGUUUCUCCUAAUACAGAACCAAGAACCGAUUUCAGAGUGGCUGAUAUGGAUCAUUUGGAACAAGCAGCUCCUGUUCCUGUAGCUGAAGUGAAUCCUUUUAAACCUUGUUCUGAGAAUUCCCCAGUUUUACUUACUGAAGUACCUUCAGAACCAGUUGUAGUUGUAGAACAAAAAGUAUAUUUGCCAGAAACCUCAGUCCCUGCAGAAGAUAAAGCUUUACAGAAACUGGAAGAGAUUAAAGCCCUGAUAGCUUCUCCUGCGAUUAUAGCGGGAACACUAAAUACAACACCAGUAAUCCAAACUAAAGCAUCCCCACUAGAAGAAACCAUUCCUUCCGUUGGUUUCACUGAAUUAGAAAAGCCGAAGGGAGAGAUGGAGCAUUGCCAUGUUUCACCUUCAGAACCUCCUCUGGAGCCUACAGGUGCCCCCACUGCACAAGCAAAACAAGCUUACAAACCCAGUGACCGAAGGUUUGGUACGCCCAAGCCUGUAUCUUUUAUUGAUGUGCCCACUGAGCAGGUGGGAAGCUAUUCUCAGCAGAAGAUUCCUGAUCAAAGACUGGACCCCUUAUUUUGGUCAGAAUCAGGAUGGACUGGUUCCUCCCCCAGAUCCAGAUUUCCCCAUAGGAGGACACCCCAUACUGAUUUCCUGGAAUCUCGAAGGGACCUUGGAAGGGAGACAUGGGAUAUAGAAUGCACACCAGCAACACUGAAGAAAAAGAAGAAAAAAUCUAAGCAAAAGAAAUAUCUUCAACCCCCAGUUGGGCAACCUUGGGAUGAAAACACCGAGGUAUCCAAAGCUCAUCUUACAGGAUCUGACUCAUCAAAGCCAGGUGUUACAUCAGGGCAGUCUACUGCCAUGACUAAGGAAUACAGGCCUGUGUCUAAAGAGUACUCUAGAAAAGGAACCAUGGCUCGCCCAAAAGAAACCAAACUGGUGGCUGCAUCCUCUGCCUUAGAGAGCUCGAGUAUCUCACUGAGUCCUACCCAGGAAGCCAUUAAAGGUGAAAGCCAUCCUCAGAUUGUGGGGGGUACAAAGGAAGAAAGGAGCACCACUAAAGUAAAAGAGGUCCAAGAUGUUGGCUUGUCAUCACAGAGCAAAAGCCCAAUGAACAAGGAGGCUCUGCCACAGCCAAGUACAGGUGAAGAUCCUGCUUUGGAUAAAGUGCAUACAAUGGGAAUGGUGGAUUUGAAACCACCAUGUCCAAACAAACAAGUAGAAGCUCCUUUUGAGGCCAAACCUGAAGAAGGAGGCUUUACUGCUAACAUGAAUCAGGAAGCUAAGGAUGUAGUUUCAAAACCUAUAACACCCCAAGAGCAGAUUGAAUUGGCAGCAGUAGAGGCAAGUGUUUUGGCCGAUGGUAGAAAGGUGAGAGCUGGUGAAAGCAAAGCAGCUGACCAGUGUGCACCGACGUCACCCAGUCUUUUAAAGAAUAAGGUGGAACCGAAUGUAACCAAAACACCUGAACACAACAUUUUUCCUGAGCAAAGCCAGGAGGUGGGAAAUCUUGCUUCUGAGCAGCCAUGGUACUGUGUGGCAGGUUCUAUCCCUCAUAAAGGGCUGGAACGACCUGAGAAAAUUGGUGAUAGUAAAGGGAGAAAAAUGAGAGAGAGUGGAGAAUGGCCAGUCAUUCUGGAGGCACAGAAGGAUGGUGUAAAUCUUGGGGCAAGUGGAAAAAUACCCCAAACGAAAGGGAUGAAUGUCCACAAUGAGCAUAAAGGGGUAGAAUCUAUGUCUUCCAGUCAAGUUUUAGAGACAAUGUCUAGUCUUAUUAAGACUGUGACAGAGGAACCCAAAGAGAAAGUUGACUCAGUUGUGGAUGUUGAAAGUACUUCAAAAGUAGUAAGUCCUUUGGAUGAUAAGAUAGACACAGGUCGUACUGUUGCAGCUGUUGUAGAAAAACAUAUGGCUGAAAGUCUAGAAAAGGGUAUUAGUGAGCAGAACAAGGAGGGAGUGUCUCCUGUUUCUGAAUGUCUCUUGGCAAGUCCCCCUGAGCCCAGUGCAGCUGUCCGAGUUACUGAGAAGCCUAAAAAGAGGGGCAGUGAUGGGAAAAACAAAAAGUUAAAAAAAAGUUAUCCUGGACAGCCUGCUUUGUUGGAGAGCAAAAUAGAUGCACAUGUUCUGCCCAUUGCCGACAUGAAUGGAAAUCAGGACAAACCAGUUGAUUUCUCUGAUAAAAAUAAAGAGUUCAUACUCCUUCCCUCCAAAAUUUCUGAUCCUUUGCUUUUAGGAGUUUCUGACAAAUCUGGAAAGCAGUCAGUUGGUGAAAAAGAUAAAGUCACCGAAGCUAGUUCUUCUGAGCCCCGGGCAUUUGUUGAGAACACAAAGCAUACUGCUAAGAACUCUGCUUCCACUUUUUUGGAUGCUAAUAGAACAAAUGUUAGUUGUGAUGAACAAACCCUUCCUCUGGGACCUCCCCCUUCAGGGCAGCGUGUGGAGGGUAAAAUGGAAAUGACUGUGGGUCAAGUGGUAGUGGCUGACAAACCAAAGAAAAGGGGUAUUGAUGGGAAAAGUAAAAAGGAUAAAAAUACCCACCCUUUUGUAGAGAGUAAACCAGGUAAAAUUGGAGUACAGAUUCCUGUGGAAACCAAAGCAGAAUUUAAAGUUGAGGGAAUGAGCUGUGUGGAUGAAAACAGAAAUAUUACAUAUUGCUGUUCAGAACUGCCAAGUAUUUGGUCCCUUUUGUCUGAAUCAGAGGUUUGUGGUAAACCACAUUCCCUAGUUUUCUCAGAUGCACAGAAGAGUGGCUCUUUCCCAGAUACCUUAGCAGAAAGUGGGAAAGAGACCUCCAAGGCAGAGGCUUCCAAAUUACUAUCAGUAAAUGACCCCAGAGAAGACAUACUUGUGGGUGAGGACAGAGCAGGUAGCCUAGGGACAGGUCCCCCGGUUGAUUAUCUUCCCAGCACAGCAGUCGUUCCUUGUGUUAGAGUAGCCACAGAAACAGAGAGACACCAAGGGAAUCACAGUGUUAGGAAAAAAGGAAAAUUCAGCUUAGCUGGGCAUAUUGGCCCAUCACAAAAUGAAGCAUGGAUGGAUGAAAGACAGGUAACAAUAGAAAGUGAUGAGAAAGUCAAAGAAAACAAUUUUCAGGGUUCUGUGGAAGCUAAUACCACUGAGCAGCCCCAGGAGAAGAAGACAGAGCCAGUAAAGGAACAGGUUCAUCUGCACAUGCAAGUAGAAGAUGCAGGUCUCAGGUUGGAGGACAAAGACACCAACAAAAAGAAUGCAGAUGGAAGCAUUUUCCAAGUGCUCAUAGAGAAUGAGAUGGAGAAAGGGAAAGCCCUAGUUACAGAUGAAGUCUUGCCAGGCAAUAAAAGUGAAAAAUUGGACUUUCUUGAGGACAAGACUAGUCAAGGAUUAGAUUCCAAGGACCCAGGAAGUUCAGCUGGCAAGGUGGACAUAACUAUUCUGCCUGUUGAACAGGAAAAAACCCAAAUGGAAAAACUCAGUCCUGGCUGUAAAAAUAUAGACCAAGAAGGUAGCCUCUUAGAACCCUCAGACUUCUCAGCAGAUCUAUCAGAUGCUAGGGAAGAAGCUAUUCCAUUGGAAGUUGUUGUAGAUAAAUUGUCACCAACUGUUAUAAAGAGUACUCAAUCCCCAAAGCCUAAAGAUACAGUCUUAGAAGCACCUCAGAAGUUGACAGAAAAAUCUGGGCAGCGUGCACUGGGAGAGGGAAAGGCAGAAGUGAGAAGCAAAGUAGCAGAACCAUUGAAAGGCUACAUGAGGCCUACCAAAUCGAGGGGACUCACUCCCCCGUUGCUGAGACCUGCUGUUCCCGAUCGAGAGAAACCUAAGCUUCAGAAGGCUCAUGCUAAACCAGAUGAAGUUCAGCCCUCUGCAAAUUUGAAUGGAAAUGAUAUCACUGCUCCUCCAAACAAGGAGCUCCCCCCGAGCCCUGAGAAGAAAAAGCCAUCAACCACUACUCCACCUGCAAAGACUGCUACACCGAAAACCAAAUCAGUGCCCACUCCCACCCCCAAGCGGCCAGUUUCCACUACUCCUGGUGGCCCAAGCAAAAAGCCCAUGAGCCCUGCUCCAGGCCUAGCACCAGCUGCCCCACCCAAACGACCUGCUGCCGCCACUGCUGCUGCCCGGUCCACUUCCUUAAUUUCAAGAGAUGGAAAACCAAAGGCUGUGGAUGCAAAGAGCCCUGAGAAACGAACCUCACUGUCUAAAUCUCCUGCCACCACUACUAAAACUGCCUCAAAGAGCACCCCAACCACCCCACGAGUCACAGUGGCUGUUUCGCCCAUGGCAACUGGUCCAGCCAGUAGGAGCACCUCUACUUCUCCUCCUAAGAAGCCUUCCUCUCUCAGGAGCGAGUCAAAGCCGACAGACAUCAAGAAGACUACUACAAAAUCCUCACUAGCGGACUUAAGUCGUCCAAAGAGUGCCCCUACCAUCACUCAGAAGAUCACCAGCACCACAUCUUCAGGGGGUCCUCCCUUGCCGGGGGCAGCUUCCAGCCGGGUCAAGCCCAAAUCUGUCCCCCUGAGGCCACCUACAACUUCCUCUGUGGAUACCAAGAAGCCAGGAGUGCCUAAGGUUGCCCCAACUAAACCAAAUUCUGCAGCACCACGGCCCAGCCGCCCAGUAACUAGCGUCUCUGUGCCAGAUCUUAAAAAUGUUCGUUCUAAGAUUGGCUCCACAGACAACAUCAAACACCAGCCAGGUGGAGGCCGGGCCAAAGUAGAGAAAAAAACAGAGGCCAUCGGUACAGCACGAAAGCCUGAACCCAGUGCAGUCACUAAAACAACCACCACCUAUAAAGCAGCUGAAACAAAAGAGAGUGCACAAAAACAGCCCAAUGGGAAAGUCCAGAUAGUCUCCAAAAAAGUGAACUACAGCCAUGUUCAAUCCAAGUGUGGUUCCAAGGACAAUAUUAAGCAUGUCCCUGGAGGUGGGAAUGUGCAGAUACAAAAUAAGAAAGUUGACAUUUCCAAGGUGGCCUCAAAGUGUGGCUCCAAAGCAAAUAUCAAACACAAACCUGGAGGAGGUGAUAUCAAGAUUGAAAACCAGAAGCUGAACUUCAAGGAGAAAGCCCAGGCAAAAGUGGGUUCCCUGGAUAAUGUUGGGCACUUGCCUGCGGGUGGCACAGUCAAGACUGAGGGGAGCGGCGAGGUGGCCCCACUGUGCCUGGCCCCUCCGAGCGGGGAGCCACCUGAGGCCCAAGCAGGCCCCAACACGCAGGCGAAUGGCGUAGGGCACCUAACCCCCUCAUUGGGUGGUGACCAAAGGGAAACUCAGACCUUCGACACCCAGAUCCAGGAGACAAAUUGAAACCUACAAGCUGACGUUCCGUGAAAAUGCCAAGGCCCGCACUGAUCAUGGAGCUGACAUUGUCUCCAAACCCUCCCCCUUCCCUGGCAACACCACCUUCAUCAGUCAGAGCUUCAACUCCCUUGCCUUGGCCAGCCCUUGGCAGCAGCAGCAGCAGCAGCAAUAGCAGCCUCCCACCAUAGGAGUGGCUGCCCCAGCGGCUUUUUCUCCCAAAGGCUUGUGACUGGGCUCCACAUUCUCACGGCCUCUGUGGGAGCUCUUUUCGAGGAUUGGCCAGCUCAGCUCUUUUGUAUCCCGUGCUCCCAAGACACACGUGCACACCGAUUUGGAAUGCCAGAGCUCAGUGUGUGUCUCUCUUCUUCCCCCUUCCUUCUCCACCCAUGCUGCAGUCCUUCAGAGCCCAGACUUCCCCUGCUGUCACCUCCCCCUUUGGAAAGGUGGACCUUCACUGGGGAGGUGACUCUUUUUCCAUAGCAGGGCUUGGAGGGAGGGGAAUGCUAGACACAGGAAGAAAGCUGAAGCUUUUCCUGAUGCAGCCCCCCUGUCCACCUACAUCCCAUGCAUGUCCCAAACCUGGCUUUCUUUCCCUACCCACUAAAGCUGAAGCUAUACACACACAUGGCCUGUGCCACCCCCAGGAGCAGUGCUAACGAGGGGCGGCUUGAGCUCCAAUGGAAAAAGCUGGCAGCCAAUUUCCUCGGUUUUUUCCUUUUCCUUUUUUUUUUCAGACAAAAAAAGAGAGAAAAACUAAAAAACCAACAUAAAUUUUGUUCUUGCUGCUUAAGUUUCUGGUGUUCCUAUUUAAUGAAAAAAUAUAUAAUGCACACACACUAGGCUGUUCUUACCCAAUAAUUUAGCUUUUUCAUUUUUCUUUGUGAUGAAGUGUUGACAGUUUCAUUGUGCUUACCAACCUCAUCUAAGUUUCCUUUAUUAAUUUUUUCCUCUUACUCCCCUCUUUCCAACCCCAGCAGUCCUAGGAUAGGUAGAGAUGUUAAUCUCUGUAUUGACAUACAUAUCCAUGCAGGUGUAACUUCUUUCUUUAAAAUCUAAAAAUCUGAUGAAAUUCUUUUAUGGGUUGAAGCCAUGUUUGAAAAGAAAGUACUAAGAAUGUGUUGGAGGGAAGAUGGCCUUGAGGAAUACAUUGAAUUGCCAUAAUGGAUUGGCUGGGUGCCUCUACCCAGAAGUGAACUGUUUGGUGGCCAAAGGCCCAGUCAGAGAGAAUUGGAUUGCAACCCUGAUGCCCCAAUCUAGGUGUGAGGUCUGCAGGAUAGGCCUGGCUCCUCAGAGGAGGCUGCCAAGAAUAUGGAAAUGGGAUGGGAGUUGGGGGAGUUGUGGUAAAUAGGUGGGAUUUUCUUUCUAUCGUGAGAAGGAUCCAGUUUGAUGUGUGAUGAUCAAGGGGUUGUGUGUGUGUGUGUGUGUGUGUGUGUGUGUGUGUGUGUGUGUGUGUUUGUUGAUCUUUUCUAACAAAGACUGGUCAUGGGGUUGAUGUACUGUAUUACACCACAGGAUUGAGACCCUGAAGAAUCAGGAACCCUGUCACCAAUAGCAGAGAGGGAACUGGGUUUCUGAGGGACAGAGUCCCAAUGGGACAGGUGAAGUGGCCCCAAACAGCUUUGUGCCUGGAAUUUUAAGGAGGUGGGGAGAAUCAGGUUUGACGAAGAAACAAGCAAAAAAGAGGACUAAAAAAGGAGGACAGUCUGGUUAAAGAGAGAAGGGUAGGGGUGAGGAAUGGAGGGGGUGCCCAGAGGAGUCCCCUCAAGGGCCAGGUCCUCCUCUUGGGCAAAAUCAACAAGAAUGAUGUCAAAUCCUGGGAUCUGUAUGACACAUGAAGAUUCUUAUUGCACUUGUAUUUUUUUAUAUUAAAGUUUGCAUGGUUUCUAAUAAAACAAUAUUAAAACAUAAUGUAAUUUGCAUUGAAAAUGUCUGGGAGUCUCUUAAGUGCUUUUUCCUCUUGAAAAGCCAGAUCCAUUAGGGUAGCUUUGCAUCUGACAGGAUUGGCCACCAGUCAGUACUCAGACCCUUCCUGACCCUUCCCUCUGACUUUUGGCCCCAGAGGCAGCAUGGUCUUCUACCCUUUGACAUGGGAAUUUAUCUAAGUUGUGCUCCUUCAGCUGUGUAUUUGAGGGGAAGAGGUUUUCCUUGCAACCACAGUUCUGGCCACCGUAUCCUUAUUGACUUUAUCCAGUCAGUCACUUUGACCCUCCACUAUACCCUACCCCGAAGGUUUUCCAUCUGUAAACUUACAUGGGAUAGGACAAAAAGGAGAUGAAGGCAGCCUUUAGUGAUGGUGAAAGGGCCGGUCUUACCCUCUCCCCUUGGUGGUGCCCAGGUGCUUCACCUUAACUUGUGAAUAGGGUUCUAGAGGUAUCCAGCUAAGUAGUUGUCAGGACAAAGCUGUGACUUGUGUCUUGAGCUCCACAAUAGCUAAGGGCUUUUUGUUUGUAAUGUUUAUGAAGUACUGUACAUACAUCUCUGUCCCUUCCUCCAGAUGGCCUGCUCUGUCAGAACUGGAAGGAACCUCAGAGAUGGCCCAGUCCAACCACCUCACUUAUAGAUGAGGAAACUGAGGUACAGAGUUGUAACCUGACUUGGAUCAUAUACAGAGUAGGUAGCAGUGCCAGCUUGAUUCUCCCUUUUAAGUGGAAGAAUUGCAAAAUGUGUAGGAAGUUGUAACUGGAGAGUCUCAGUGAGCUUGGGGUUUUUGGAGAGAAAGUUGUGGUGGGCCUAUUAUCACUUUAAGAGGAAGGCAGGAGCUAUGCAGUCUGGGAAAAGGCUGGUUUUAAAAAUGAAAGCUAAUCCAUUAUGACUCUUGCUUAGUUAGCCAGUGGAGUAGAGGAGUGUGUGGGCACAUGGCAUGUAUACAUACAGAUUUUUCUUGUUAGCUUCCCUUGCUAUCUUGUGGCAGCUUCUGGACAUCUGGUCCUAUAGUGUGGAAAGAACAGGUGGAGAGAGCACUGAGCUUGCCUGGAGCCGCUGGUGGUCUCACUAAUGCCCCUUGGGGGCAUUCUUAACUUCAAGCAUUCAAAUUUCUCUGAGGCACCUGGCCUAUGAACCUUUCAGGUUCUCAACAAGCUGUGGAAGGGAAGGGAGGUUUCCUUUAGUCACUUCCUCCCCAAUCAGGGACAACUGGAGACAGAGAAGACAGCGGGCACCUGCCCCUCUCUCUGUCUCUCUUAGAGCCUGAGUUGAAAGUGUUGAACCUAGGUCCACAUUAAAUCAGAUUACUUGAUCAGUCAGUCCUGUGAUUCCUGGAAGCAUCAAUGGGCUUUUCCCUCUCCUCACCUGGAUGAAACCAAUUUUGAAGGGUUGAGGGUGUGAUAGUGAUGGUUUCAGUUAUUCCCAUGGAUCUUUAUCACUAUGUCCCUUUCUCAGAUGUCGGGUGAGGUCUUUUGCCCCAGGAUGACAGGCAGGUCCUAGGCCAGUUCUGCCUCAUAGGAGGGGGCCAGGGCCAUCCCCUUACAGGCCUUGAAUCUUGGGAAAUGUCUGAUUAUUUGAUGGCCCUUCAUGAGGGCUGGACCUUGGCCUACCUUGAACUGCACCUUCUUAGUAAUGUCACACUUGAAACUUUUAUCUCCUUCCUUCCCCCAUUUAUGGACACCAGGGAGCAGGACCGUGCGGGGGGGAGUGUGUGUAAAUGGGGGAAGAUCUGGUUGGGUAGUCUGUUCCUCAUCCCACUUCUGGCCAACCACAGGAUCAAGCGUGGGGCCAGUUCUUAAACCUUCCCUCCCCCACUCUCUAGGACAUUGACUGUUGGCUGAUGGACAGUGAGGUUCAGAUGGGAUGCUGCAUCCUCCCUCAUCUUGUCCCAGCUAGUGAGACUGGCAGGCUGCUAUAGGAACAUGGUCCACAGAAAGGGGAUGGUGUGAUGUGCUUUUGGGAAGUCUCAGACUUGGGGUUUUUUCUCGUUCUCCUAGUUUGCUUGUGGUUAUUGUUGCUGUCCCUCCUAGCUGUUCUAUGGCACUCUUUGAGUGACUUUGUGAUUUUGACUAUUGUAAAGAUUUGAAAUAACUACAUAAAUAAAGCUUCUCAGUGUUCUAA